AAGCAUGACACGUGUCCUACAUUCUUCAUUGCACCGACUGCCCUUUUCCCACACGCAUACUCUCUCUCUCUGAGCUCUGAGCUACUUUUUUACUUUUUAACGCCCAUUUCUCCUUAUUUAUCUCCAACAAGAAAACCCACUUCUUCACUGGUUACUACCCUUCAAUCUCUCUCAAAAUGGCGUCAAAUCUCUCUUUCUUCCUUUGCAUUCUCUCCCUCUUCUUUAUCUAUGCCACUCAUGCCGCCACCCAUCACCACGCCGCUGCUCCGGCGCCCUCCGUCGACUGCUCCAGUUUGGUGUUGAACAUGGCUGACUGUUUGUCUUAUGUUUCAAACGGCAGUACCGCAACCAAGCCAGAGGGUACUUGUUGCUCUGGAUUGAAAACUGUGUUGAAAACUGAUGCAGAGUGUCUCUGUGAGGCUUUCAAGAGUAGUGCUCAGUUGGGUGUUGUGUUGAAUGUUACUAAGGCUCUUACUCUUCCUGCUGCAUGCAAACUCCAUGCCCCUUCCGCCUCUAAUUGUGGAUUGUCUUUGGCUCCUACUGCAGCACCUGGUGUAACCCCACCCUCUAUUGCUACUGCACCUGGCACGAACUCUGGAUUGAACGUGCAAGCACCAGCACCGUCUCCGGGGGCCUCAAGUUCUCAUGGGAUAUCGAUCUCUGUUGGAUCUCUAGCCAUUGGCUUUGUAAUUGCAGCGUUCUCUAGUUUUUGAGUAGUAAUUAUGGUACCAUUUUGAGUCAGAGCGGAGGAGAGUUUAUAUCAUGAGGAACUAAUUUGAUGUUUAGCUUGAAUUUGGUAUUUUGAGUACUUGCAGUAGUCCUCUUGUUGAAUAUGUGUGACUGAAGCAGAUAUGAAUUCAUUGUGAUUCACCCAAA